AUGAACUUGUUGUUGAGAUAUUCUUCGGUGGAUGGCUUGGAGGAAGCCUGGAUGGGACAGGAGUGGUUCUUUUACAGAAUCCAAAUACUCUUGUCCCAUGACGAGGAUAUCGAGAAUAUCCUUUUUAAGAGGUCGUUUAGGGGACAUGGGAAUUCUCAGAAUGAGAUGGAACGAUAUCUCAAUGAUGAGAACCUGACCACUGGGUCAAUGCCUCUGUUGGAACAGUGGCAGAACCUGGAGUCAGCCUUCCCAACAGUGGCUCGUAUGGCCAGAGAUAUUCUGGCCAUACCAUUGACAGGUGUCUUCAACACCGCGCGAGACACUUGUCAUUAUCGACGGUCACGGUGUUGGAGAGCGGAACAUGGUCACAACUUGCAAAUGCCCAUAGAGACCUAUCACCCGGACCAACAUCUCCUUCAGGGCAUUCUAAUUGGUACUUGA